AGUAGAGAUCCUGAUGUUCCUCAGUGCCAUUGUGAUGAUGAAAAACCGCAGAUCUAUCACUGUGGAGCAACAUAUAGGCAACAUCUUCAUGUUCAGUAAAGUGGCCAAUGCAAUUCUUUUCUUCCGUCUGGAUAUUCGCAUGGGCCUGCUUUACAUCACACUUUGCAUAGUGUUCCUGAUGACGUGCAAGCCCCCCCUGUAUAUGGGCCCUGAGUACAUCAAGUACUUCAAUGACAAAACCAUUGAUGAAGAGCUGGAGCGGGACAGGAGGGUCACCUGGAUCGUGGAGUUCUUUGCCAAUUGGUCUAAUGACUGCCAGUCGUUUGCU